AUGAGAGAUCACCGCGAUGACCCGCACUACACUCCCACACCGGGUAGCUCACAGCCUCCGACACAGGCACACUCGGAUAGCCUUAUUAUCCCGCGUACCCCAGUCACCUCUCUCUCCUCGCAGAUAGUCCUCAGUGAGGAAGCGUAUACGGCUGCACUCAGUGCGAUCAUCAAACGCGAUUUCUUCCCGCAUUUGAAGGCUGCAGAUGAAUUGAGCGCGAGUGUGAACAAUUGGCGUGGUGGUGGUACUCCCGCCACAACCACUGCUGCUACUCCCACUCCCGCCAAUGCCCCCCACUCUUACUCCUUCGCCUCCCUCUCCUUAUCUGAAUUCCAGUCGCGGUUCACCUCGGAAGACAACGCCAGCUUCAGCUACCAGCUGCACAAGGCGAACAAGCGGCGGCGAGAGGUGUAUCGCUGGGCAUACGAUGCAGAGCAACUAGCGAAUGAGCGCAUCCAGCUUGCCAAUGCGGGUAUGAACGAGCGCAUUGAGGGUGUGCACAACCCCAUGGACGACGGCGAACGGAAGCUUCUGGCAGCCACAGAAGGCAAACUUCAUACCACCACUUCUCAAAUCUCUCAACACGCCGGCGAGGGCAAUUCACAAGCACUCGUGCGGCGCGAAAAGCAGUCGAUGCGCGAGCUCGAGUUGGGUGUUGAAAAGCGAUCCACGGAGCACGGUCUAAUUCCAACUUGUACCUCACAGCAAGACAACAGAAGCGCAGCCGUUACCGCUUGGCCCCUCACCGCCGCUAAUAAUCUCAUGUUCCAACCUGAUGCGACAACACCUAAUUUUGGCUAUCGUGGCCACUUUGCCACUCGUCAUCGAGAGGCGGAGAAUCGCGCUAAGCGCGUUACUAACUAUCCGGCAACUCAUCUUUCCGGUGCUCAUAGUGACGGUGUCGGUGAUGGCGAAAGCAGUGCGACUGGUAGCGUAGACACCAAUGCUAUCAACGCUGCUGUUAAUGCUGGUGCUGAUAGUGGUGCAAGCACACCCACUCACACUCUCCCUUCCGUGCGCGGUUAUACCUUUGUCGAAAGCUCAUCACAACCAGAACCAGAACCUCAAAAGCGGACUCGCGGACGUGUUGAUAAGGAGGAAGAGACAGUGUGGGACAGUCGUGCGUAUCUACUACUCGCGCUCUUACUCACCAACUCACCACUCACUUAUCCUCCAGCUGGCGACUUCAAGAUACCGCGGCUGAGUAGACGUGACAGACUGGGACAGCAGCUGGCGUCGCAGGCGCAAAACAAGGCAAAAGGUGGAACAAGUGGAGCAGGUGUCACUCCCAACACUCCCGCGAAAACACCCCGAUCCGUUGCUCUCAGUCCGGCCGGUCACGCUCUCCUGCAGAAAACUAAAAGCAGGCGAGACAAUGGCGCGACGGAUGCUCCAAUCAGAUCUCGCAUCAACCAGUCCCCGGACAUUCGCAGGAAAGACAGACCUUGGACUCCUACACCUAAGUAG